AUGUCUGCAGCAAAACACAGACAGCCUAAGGGCAUGCAGCGCAAUGAUAAGAUCUCAAAGCACCCUCACCUGAAUGGGCCUCCCCAGUCGCCUCCCACAUCAAACACACCCCUCUUCUCCCCUCCCACCACGAUCUGUCCCCUACUCGAACUGUUGGGAAUGUCAUUUGGGACGCAUGGCUUCAUCUGUGAAAUCAGUUCUUCUCUAGUGCCAGCCAGUCUUCUGGGCGUCCAUGCGCAACAUAACCACCAUAAGCGCAGGCUCUCAAACAGAACAAAACUGUACAGAGAGGGCCUAGUCAAGCAUCUACUCGAUAGCCAUGGACUCACAGCAACAACACUCUGCCCUAGCCCCACCAGCGACCUAUCUGGCCCCAUCCAGGGUCUUCAGCCAUUGUGGGCGUCAAAGUGUCCGCACCCUGACUGCUCCUUUUGUAAAAUUGUGGAUGCAAACGACCCUCUGGUUUCAAUUGUCUGGCCUUUGGCUGAAGGGUAUACCCCAGCACUUGCAGUAGAAGGCAUACAGACGUCCUCCUCGCAAACCUUUUCUCAUCUUACAUCCACAACUCCGAUCUACCCCCAGUAUUUGAUUGACCUCCAGUGGCCCACCUUCAUCGAUAACUUGGGUGCACAAGCAGACUCUCUUCGCGGGCUGAUAAAGCUUAGGUCUAAGAAGGAAGUGCGGUCCUUGGCGGGAGUUGAAAGGCAGCUUGAGCUUGGCCUCAUUACCAUUCGGAAGCUCUACAGGUCAUAUCUAGUUGACGUCCAGACCUAUCUAUCUUCGAAAGGGGAUGUGCAGUUUCGCCAAGCAGUAACAAUGAACACCAAAGCGCACUUCAGAGCGCUGAGCCGGGUUUCCUACUACACCUACUCCAGACCUUUGUCUCGCUGCAUCUGUAUGUUGAUCAGAUGGAUCCAUGCAGAGCGCGCUGGGGCCUUGGCGCCAUUUGGCACUCUUCGCAUCAGGAGGAGUCUGGCCCAGGAGUAUGCUGCCAAUAUGCUCUACCAUUACCUCAUUCAAACCAAGAAUCCCCGCCCGGCUGCGCUUCUCCAACUUAUGCACCAACUGCUUGUGACCCUUGUCAAGCAGAAAUUUACGGACCUAGAGCUGAUGGCAUGCCCAACGGAUUAUGCCCUAUGCAUCGGCUCACUGGCUGACGGCGGCGGCUUUCUACUUGCUUCUGCUACCACCAAGACUUGCGCGGUGCUACAGCACAACUUUUAUACCGUCAUCAUCCACUCCACUCGGCUUGAAGACCGCGGCCAUCAGCGCUUCAUUCCUUUCAAUUUAAAUAAUUUCACAGGGGAUCCCGUACCUGAUACAUGUGAGGCACCUCAGCCUAUGGAGGAGCCGGUUGCCACUCCAGAUGAGGGGGAAGGCGCUGAUGACUGCGUGGUUGCGCAAUUCCGGCAAGUAGAAGAAGAGUUUGUAGAUGGUCAUGAUGAUGGUAUGGAUGCAGACGAAGAGUCCAUGCUACCGCAUGAAGCUGAAGGCGAAUGGGACUUUGAAAAAGAAGAAACCUUUCACUCUUACUAUCUAAAUGGUGACACUGCAGAGAACCUAGACACAUACCAUGACCCACAGUCUUCUCUUCCAGCUCAGCGACGCCCAGCAGAGAUUGUAUCUGGAAAAGAUCAAGCUCCUGGAUCAUCUUCGGUCUUAAACAUUUUGGCGGAGAACCUACCCUACCUUCAGCCUUUGCUCGCCAGUCAUCCCUCGUUUGCCACACCAUACAAUAAAAUAAAAACUGCCUGGUUUGGCUCAAGGCCAACAGCAUUUAAGGAGCGGAGGGACUACGGUUUUAUCUUUGCUGAAGACGGCACUGCCAUUACUGUGCGAGAUGGUGAAGACAUCUCCCAGAGUAUCCUGUUCUCAGAUCUUGGGAAAUUGGCUAAAACUGCAAUAGCAGAUGUAUCAGAGCGGCUAGCGGAGUGCUUACCAGGUGGUUGCCAGGGCAUUCUUCAACAGUUUCAUGGCAUUUUCAGCCAGUUAGUGGAUGACCUCGGUAGUCCCGAUGCGAUUUUCCUUCAGCCUUCCAACCGCAUUCUUCUACAGCCGCUGCUGGACAUGAUGUUACAGUGCCUGAUGGAUCCAGAAGAACCCACGCAUCAUAUCAUGUGCUCUUCCUCUUUGAUUAAUGAGGAGUGCGCAAGACAGUGGCUGGAUUUCAGUGAACGAAUUCUUGGUCAAACUAUUGUGGCCUUUCUCCUGACAUGCGGCAUUCCCCCUCGCCCCUGGCAAUUUCGAUCCUUACUAUUCCAGUCAGAUAGCAGCACUGGGAGCGCUCGUAACCUCUAUCUAUUAGGCUCAGAGCUUGUUAUAGGGAAUCCGGAAGCAAAGCAAAUCAAUCAACUUACACGAGAGUGCCUGUGGGCAUUCCCUCCUAGCCUUGCCCCGCUCAUCUUGUUCUACCUGGCCAUAGUAAGGCCUUCUGUGAUUCAUAUCUUAGGCCUUAUUCAUUGCGCCAAUCAAGCUCACACAACCCACAUCUUUUCACAUACAUUCACUACAACUCGCCAUGAAUUCCCCCUCGUUUGGAAUGGUAGCGAUGUCAACACCGCACUGCGCGCACACACAUCCUCCCUCAACGUUCAGUUAACAUGCGGUCUUUUACGAAAUGCAGUCACAGCAAUGUACUACCAGUUCUUCCCCACUCUCUCACAGUCUGAAUCCGCAGGUGCUCAACCAGUUCAAAAGGCAGGGAGCAAUCGCCAUGGGCCUUCAGAUCAUGUUCCCCCUGCUUUAGGGAUGUCAUUUGAACAGGCUCGGAAAUACAUCUCCGCUAGCCAUGCCCUGCAGGCGUUGUAUGGGCUGCGGCUUCCUGAUAAUAAUCUACCAGGAAGGAAUUCAACCAUUCUGGGUAACCUGAAGCACACAAGCCUUGCUUUGAAGGAAGCGAGGCUUUGCAUCCGCGAAGAAUAUGACCUAUACAGUGCCCACUUGCCUGCUUUGUCAGGGAAGGCAGCUCGCAUCUUAGAUGCUGCGCCAUACGUAUGUCUCAAAGAGGGCAUGAUUGGUGACGAGGUGCUCCGGCGCAUAUUACAUGUGGUUUUAUUUGGUGAUUCCAAACCCUCUGUUCUUGAUCGUCCUCCUCCGGGAGGGUACCUGGUUACCGAUGUAUCGUGUGCAGUGGUUCUGGUGGCUCCGAAGAUCAUACAAGCUAUUGAAGAGCAAGAGCAUGGGUUUGAGUAUGAUUUGACUCGACAAACAGACAUUGACGCCAUCAUACACUUUGAUGAAGUAGAGAAGAAAGCACAAACAUUUCUAGCAACGCUGAAAGAUGACUUUCCUGAGGCGUGGACUCAGCUAUGCUUCCAAGUUCAUGGGCUCUACCAGAAGGCGCCAGGUGCAGAUGGAGAAAGGUGUUGGGUAUUGAGGGGUAUUCCUAGAUAAAUGUUAUUAUAUACGACUAGUACUAGGACAUUCACAAAUUCGCUUGGUCGCCACCAUAUCCUGUAUGCCCGGGAAACACGACUUGAUCUCGGGCAUCAAAGGCACCGACCAGCAUUCAUUCGGGUCGAGGUCAAUGUCAGUUAGCUGAGAUAAUUGGGGCGAGGG